UAAAGACUAAGUCGAAAUUGAAGUUUUGGGGACGUUACCUCAAAAUUUCAGUAAUGGGGUAAAUCAUGUCAAACUAAAAAAUUUAAGAAAUUUGAUAACUAAUUACAAGAAAAAAAAAAUAAUAAGAAAUCGCCACAUCACUCAGUGAGUGAAGAAACUUUUUGAAGAUGUUUUGAUUUGAAACCUUGGGUUUGGACUGGACUAGCAUAGAACCGAAAAUGAAGGGUGAAGAAGAAGGUAGUCUGAGAGGACCGUACAAGAAGGGUGAGAGAGGAAUACACGGAGACGAUGGCGAACUAGAAACCAUUAGCCCCCAACGCAAGAGACGUCACCUUGGGAUUCCCCUUCCCCCACACUCUCAACCCGACCAGGAACUCGGAGAAGAAGAGCAAAAUGGAGAUGGAGCUGAAGCUCCCCACGCUUGGAUUACACCCGAAUCCUCCAACCUUCUUCACCAGCUCCCUUCUGAUUGCUCCGCUCCUUUCAGCAACAACGCCUCCAUUUCCGUUUGCUUGACCGACCAUGAAAUAAUUGAUGGUGAAGCUUUCACUGUGCCUGUUUGCCAGCUCUCCAGUGAAGGAGAUCUUGCAAUGGUGAAGGGAAAUUUUGAAGAGCAUACUGUUUCAAAAGAAAAGAGUAGAAAAAAGAACAAGAACAAGAAGCGAGUAAAUACUCCUCGCCCAGCAUGCUCGUGGGUGUUUUUUUGCCGAGAGUUUAUCAAGGAAUACAGUGCUUCCCAUCCCGAGUCCUCUGGCCUUAAAGCUGCAACGAAAGCAGCAUCUGAGGUGUGGAAAUCAAUGAGCCUUGAAGAGAAAGCAAAAUACACCAGUCGUGCUCGCGAGGUAUGGGAUAACUACUUGAGUGCAGCUCCUACGCGACCUUCCAAACCAAGGAACCAGCAGACUAAGCUAGUCACAAGAUGCUCUCCUGGCCGCUUAUUCAACGUGCUGCAACGCCUUACAGCUGAACAAAGAGAGGCAGUCAAGUGCAUGGGCUUUGGAAGCCUCCUUGAUCUUAGAUGUCGGACUCUCCGCCGUAGUUUGUGUCUUUGGUUGUUGGAAAGAUUUAAUACGACACAAUGCAGCUUGGAGAUUUGUGGCCAUUCUAUUCCUCUAACUCCUAAAGAUGUGGAGUUUGUGAUGGGAUUAGCUGCUAGUGGGAAAGAUGUGAUUAACUCAGGGCCAGAUGACUUGAUUUUAGACUUGCGACAUAGUUAUAAUGCAACCAAUCGAGGUAUAUCUGUUCGCCUUUUAGAAGAGAAGUUGGCAGUUUCUGAAGCUGGAGAGGAUUUCAAAAGAUCCUUUGUUCUCUAUGCUCUGGGUACGCUUUUAUCUCCAACAGCAAGACUGGAUGUUAGCCCUUCAUUCCUUCACUUCUUAACAAAUAUGAGUGUCAUCCAUCAAUACAACUGGGGGAAAUUUCUACUUGACCGGCUAGUUCGGGAGGUAGCACGUUUUCGUCAGGGGAAGCAACGUGCUGUUGGUGGCUGUCUUUUGUUUCUACAGCUCUUUUAUUAUGAAAGAAUCUCUAUAGAAGGAACAAAUGCUCUUGCUCCUGCUGUGUGUCCAUGCUUAUCUUCAUGGGGGGAGGAUGAAAUCACUGAAAGAGAAAAACGAGAAAGAGAGCUCGGUGGUUAUGGUUGCGGACAGGUGAUUUUCAAGGAGAGAGGUGUUGUUGUGGAGUCUUUUGACAGAAGUGGGCAACCAAAUAGUGUAGCUACAAUCAAUAUAAGUAAUGGGGUUGACCAUGAUCCUUUCUUUUCGCACGAAGGGAACGAGGUUACUAAUGGAGGACAGAUGAAUGGGAAGAUUGCUGUUCAAGAGCCACAUAUGCCCAUUUCUCUCAAAAGUAAGGAUAUUGUGUGUGGGGAUAUUGAAUUGAUAGUUGAAUCAGUCAGAACACAGUGCCGAAACAAAGAUUAUGGUUGCAAUGAAAAAGUUGAUUACAUGAAGAACAGUGACCACAAUGAGGCAUGCUUCUUUGCACCAUGUGCCUGCCCACUUCCUGAUUGCAAUUUUGUCAGCUCAUCUGAACAGCUGUCACUUCAUUUUAGUGGUAAGCAUUGGGAUUCAGGAAGGCGCUUCAGGUACAACAGCCCAUUGACUGUUUCCUUGAGUAUGAAUGAACAAUUUCUCGUUCUUCAGGCAGAGGAUGAUGGUGCUCUUUUCCUCCUUAACAAGGGUAUUGAAAGCAUUGGGAGCACAGUAAUGGUUACAUGUAUGGCGCCAAGUCCUUCAAAAAGAAGGUUUGUGUAUGAUCUUGUGUUGAAACGAGGAAAGAGCACUCUCAGGUUGAGCUCACUAGCAGAAUGCUUACCGAGAAGGGUUGAAGGUUUUCCUCUGAUGGAUUUUCUUCUGGUUCCAUUUCGUUUCUUCGAUGCCUCUGGUCAGAUUAACUUGGAUGUGUGUAUAUGCAAUUCUAUGGAAGAACUGACUGAUCAUUGUCCUUGAUUUCAUAGUAACUGGCUGCAAAGUUCAUUGAAUGCAUGGCAGUUCUCCUGCAGCUAAAUUGUGCUUGCCUGGGGAAUAAGCUUUGGAUCCUGAUGCAUUUAAGCUAUGGUAUGAAGUCUUUACUGCAAAAUCCAUAAAAGAAGGCUUUUUCAACCCAACUUUGGCGUUCUUGCCAGCACACUUGUUUGAGUUGAUAUUUUCUGCCCAUCUACAGCAUUUAUAUAGAUCAUUGAAAGCUGUCCAGAGUUUACAACAUUGGGUGGUCAGGCUCUGGCUCUGGCUCAAAUAAAAUCUACCAUGUCGAGGACAGGCAUCGUGUUCUACAAUCUCUCAUCCUACAAACAUUACCAUUUUGGCAGCUCCACAAUCUUCGCUAAACCUUAAUUUAUGUGACAAAAAUUAUAAAUUAGAUGCUGGUUCUUAUGUACUUUCUUGGGGCAAUAUGAUGUUUGAUAAAAUAGUUUCCGAAGCAAAAAAAUAGAUCAUGUAAGAAGACAGUUAGCUAAAAUGCUAGUGAUUACUACAUUUAUGGAGUGUAUAUAACUUCAUUUUAUUCCAAGAACAACAAACACAAGAGCCUACAGCCUUGCUCGAGCAGCCCUUGGAACGGACAAAGAGAAAGUUUGGAACCGCUUCAGUUCCCUCAUUGUUUCAGU